AUGGAGAUGCUGCGGGCCCUGCGUGGAUGGGGGCUCCUGGACUACAAAACGGAGAAAUAUGUCCUGACCAGGAACCGGAGGGUGGGGGCCCUCCAGAGGGUCCUCCAGCUGGGCAUCCUGGGAUAUGUAGUGGGGUGGUCCCUCGUCUUCAGGAAGGGCUACCAGGAGAAGGCGUCCAAUCCGCAGGUCUCGGUCAUCACCAAGCUCAAGGGGGCCUCGAUGGCCUGGGCCGGGGAGCUGGAAGCCAGGGUGUGGGACGCGGCCGAUUACACGAAGCCCCCGCAGGGGGAAGGCGUUUUUUUCUUGGUGACCAACUUCCUGGCCACACCCGAGCAGGUGCAGGGCACGUGCCCAGAGCACCCUUCGGUCCCCCUGGCACCCUGCUUGACUGAUGAAGACUGUCCUGCUGGAGAGAUCCUGACCCACAGCCACGGAAUGAAAACGGGCAAGUGUGUGCCGUUCAACGCCACCUACGCCACGUGCGAGAUCUGGGGCUGGUGCCCCGUGGAGAGCGGCGGCGGCGCGCCCAGGAAGCCCCGGCUGCAGGAAUCCGAGAACUUCACCCUCUUCAUCAAGAACUCCAUCGCCUUCCCCGAGUUUGGCUUCUUCAGGACCAACGCUCUGGAGACGCGGGAUGAGGCCUACUUCAAGGGCUGCAGGUACGACGCCGCGUCCAGCCCACUGUGUCCAGUGUUCCGGGUGCGGGACGUGGUGGAGGCGGCUGGAGCGGACUUCGAGGUCUUGGCCGUUUUGGGGGGCGUCGUGAGGAUUCAGAUCAGCUGGGACUGUGACCUGGAUUGGCCCGGCCGUGAGUGCGAGCCCCGCUACUCCUUCUGGCUGCAGGAGACGGGCUACAACUUCAGGACAGCCACGCGUCGGUGGAGGCCGCCAGGGGUGGAGGCCCGGACGCUGCUCAAGCUCUUUGGGAUCCGAUUUGAAAUUUUUGUGGCUGGUCAGGCCGGGAAGUUCAGCGUCGUGUCUGCGGGCAUCACCCUGGGCUCCGGCGUGGCCCUGCUGGGGCUGGCCACCUUCCUCUGCGACCUCCUCCUGCUCUACGUGGACGGAGAAGCCCCUCUGUACUGGGGGACCAAGUACGAGGAGGCCGAGGCCCCCAAGACCCGGGCGGCGCCUCCUUCCCCGGAGCCGGGCCCGGAGCUCGCCUCGGCCCCGCCAGGCCCCUCUGAGGGCUCUCAGCCCUGGCCUGACCCAGCCCCGGAGCCCCUGCAGGCCAUCGCGGAGGAGCGCCCGGCGGCCUGA